AUGGGACUCCGCGGCGCCAUGACAAGGUCACCCUUCUUAUUGUUCAUGUACUCCGCGCUGGUUGUACUGCUGUUACUACUGGAAUGUGCACUACUAUAUUACUUUUCAAGCAAUUUGGUGGAAAAAGGACUAUACAAAGAUGAUGGACUGUGGACUCACGCCAUGCGACUCGCAUUCAGAUGCUGUGAACACAACACUUCAAUACCAGAAACAAGGAAGCCUCCAUGGUCAUGUUGCGGCCCAGACUUGUACCCAGACAACUGUACCACUGCACUCAUGUUCCAGAAGGAUUGUCACGCUUCAAUAGUGAACUGGUUGGACCGAUACCAGUUGCCGGUAUACACGUCUCUGGCAGUAUUUCACGUUGCAAUGGCGACCUGUGCAAUCAUACGACGAUCGAGUUCUACAUCUCAAUCUCAUAGCUAG